AUGCCAACGACGACACCCAAGGACAGCGAGCCGUACGCAUCCGUGACCGAGGCACCGCCGGUGUCGCGGUCUUCGCGCGUACUUUCUGGCGUCUUUCACACGAUGGCUGCGCUCGCCGCGCUCUACUGUUUUCUCUUCGCUAUCAAGCUUCUCGGUGACUCGCUCUCACUGCUCUUUGGCUGCAACACAAAGGCGGCUUUUGGAUUCACUGACAAUGCGAUCGUCGGGCUCAUGGUCGGCAUGGUCUUUACGGCGAUUUUGCAGUCGUCGAGUACCGUGACGUCGAUCACAGUCGCACUCGUCGGUGCCGGUGGCCUCAGCGUCCGGCAGUCGGUGCCCAUUACCAUGGGCGCCAAUAUUGGCACGUGCCUCACGUCGACGAUCGUCGCGUUUGCCCAAGUCGGCGACCGAGCGCAGUUUGAACGGGCGUUGGCCGCCGGUACGAUCCACGAUUUUUACAACAUUUGCACCGUCCUUGUGCUCUUCCCCCUCGAGAUGCUCUUGCAUCCGCUCGAGCAUCUCGCCGUAGCUAUGACCGGUGGGAGCACGGGGUCAUUUUUCUCAUCGCCCAUCGAUGGGAUCAUCAGCCCGCUCUACAAGCUGCUGCUCUCGGUCGAUAAAAAUAUGAUCGAAGGCGUCACGGCCGGGACGAUUGCGUGUCAUGACGCGUCCUUUCUCAAAGGCGGAGCGUUCUACGCCGCGUACAUCGACGGGUCGCUCUCGAGUGCUGCGAUUGGAGGCAUUUGCCUCGGGCUCGGGCUCGUGCUGUUGAUUGGCUCGCUGCUGGUGCUCGUCAAGACGCUGCAAGCGCUUCUCCGCGGGUCGGCUCAAGCCAUCAUCCAGCGCGUCCUCAACUGGAACGGCUACCUCAACAUUGGUAUUGGUGCGCUCAUUACGUUUUGUGUCCAGUCGUCGUCGAUCGUGACGUCGACGCUGACACCGAUGGCCGGCCUCGGUGUCAUUUCGCUCGAGCAAAUGUACCCGCUCGUGAUUGGCGCCAACCUCGGCACGACAGUCACAGCGCUCUUGGCGUCGCUGGUGACCGGGUCGCCGGACGCGGUCGCUGUCGCGCUGACCCACUUUUGGUUCAACGUCUUUGGCAUGCUCCUCUUUUAUCCGCUUCCGAUCAUGCGCACGCCCAUCUUUGCGGCGGCGCGGGCGCUCGGGUAUGCGAGUGCGCGGUUUCCGCUUGUCGCGGGGUACUUUCUUGGCGGCCUCUUUGUGCUGGUGCCCGCGAUCGCGCUGGGACUGACGUUCUUGUACAAUGGAUCACUCGGUAUGGUGCUCGCAGCAAUCGGUCUCACGGUUCUCUUGGUCCUCUCGAUGGCCUGGACCGUCUACUGGUAUCUACGCAAGGACGGUCGCGCGCGCUGGCUGGCCUUUCUGGACGAGAAAAGCAAGCUCCAAGAUGAGAAGAUUGCGCGCCAAACCAGUGACAAUGUAUAG